AUGGCUCACAGUAGCCAAGAAUCAGGAGAACCCCUGGCACAGAACCCUCGGACAGAUGAGACCGAUGGUCGAGCCAGUCAACACGCAGACCCCUGUGAUGAUGGUCGACAUGUUCCUGACGACUACCGGUCGAUUAAGGACACCGUGGAGCAGACUCGCGAAUCCUUCAUGCAGCAGAUCAAGAUCACGCAGCAGAGCCUCAACAAGAUGGCCACGAUCGUGCUGACGCACCUCGAGGGCGUGGACAAGCAGGUGAAGCAGCGGAUGGCCGUGGCAGAAGGCCGCAUCUCCGCACAUGACAAGCGAUUACAGAAGCUGGAGCAGGAAGUGGUUUGA